CUGUCCAGCAGAGUAAUCAAAUGCAAGAAGAACUGAUCGUCUACAUUCUGAGUGCUGUCCUUGGCAAGACCUCUGUAAGAUACUGUAUGCUUCCUCCACCCCAGACAUUCUUCUGGGGUCCAUCUGAGGUCAGCAGUGUGAAGAUGACCGGUGCCUUCUUAGCAUGACGACCUUGGACCAUGUGAUUGCUACCCGUCAGUCAGAGUGGGUCUCCUUCAAUGAAGAGCCACUCUUUCCUGUCCCUUCUGAGGGGGGAGCUGAGGAACAACUCCCGGGACUGUCAUCUUCCUCAGACCAGUCUGAGAGCUCCUCUGCGGAAAACCAGGCAGUGGAUGGAGGCUCUCGGGACCUUUCCCACUCAGAGCAAGAUGAUUCCUCUGAAAAGAUGGGCCUCAUCUCUGAAGCAGCUUCUCCUUCUGGGAGCCCUGGACAGCCCCCACCUGACCUGGCCUCGGCCAUCAGCAACUGGGUUCAAUUUGAAGAUGACACACCCUGGGCCAGCACCUCACCACUGCAUCAGGAAACAGCCCUCACACUGGCCAUGCCCUGCUGGACGUGCCCGUCCUUUGACUCCCUGAGGAGAUGCCCUCUGACCUCCGAGAGCAGCUGGACCACCCGUUCUGAAGACACCAGCAGUCCUAGCAUUGGGCCUUCGUACACAGACCUGCAGCUCAUCCAUGCAGAGGAGCAGAUAAGCAGCAGGGCUUCCGGGGCUGACUCAACUGAUAAUUCUUCCUCACUUCAGGAAGAUGAAGAGGUAGAGAUGGAAGCCAUCAGCUGGCAAACCAGCAGUCCACCCAUGAAUGGGCACCCGGCCCCUCCAGUGACCUCUGCUCGUUUCCCCAGCUGGGUCACUUUUGAUGACAAUGAAGUCAGCUGCCUUUUGCCACCAGUCACCUCUCCUCUGAAGCCAAAUACAUCACUCGUGACACCUGUGACUCCAGUUGUACCUUAUAACUCAACUGGGUCAUUCAAGAGGGAUCGUCCCAAGAGCACUUUGAUGAGCUUCUCCAAAGUUCAGAAGCUGGACAUUUCCUCCCUAAACCAUCCACCCUCUGCAACUGAGGCACCACCUUGGAGGGCCACCAAUCCUUUUUUGAAUGAGACACUCCAGGAUGUCCAGCCUUCCCCUAUCAACCCUUUCAGUGCUUUCUUUGAGGAACAGGAGAGGCGCUCCCAAAAAAGUUCCAUUUCCAGCACCACAGGGAAGAGCCAAAGAGAUUCCCUCAUUGUCAUCUACCAGGAUGCCAUCAGUUUUGAUGAUUCAAGCAAAAACCUGUCCCACUCUGAUGCUGUUGAAAAACUCAAACAGCUCCAGAUCGAUGAUCCCGAUCACUUCAGCACUGCAGCACUCCCUGACGAUGACCCAAUAGCCUGGAUUGAACUAGAUGCUCACUCACCUAGCUCAGCACUGACUCAGCCCAGAGAUGGCUGGCCGAUGAUGCUCAGGAUCCCCGAGAAGAAAAACAUCAUGUCCUCCAGGCACUGGGGACCGAUCUACAUCAAACUGACAGACACUGGUUACCUGCAGCUAUAUUAUGAGCAGGGCCUAGAAAAACCAUUCCGUGAGUUCAAACUGGAGAUCUGCCAUGAGGUUUCAGAACCUCGGCUUCAAAACUAUGAUGAGAAUGGUAGGAUCCACAGCUUGCGGAUAGACCGCGUUACCUACAAAGAGAAGAAGAAAUAUCAACCUAAACCCGCUGUGGCCCACACAGCAGAGAGGGAACAAGUGAUUAAGCUGGGCACCACCAAUUAUCAUGACUUCCUGAGCUUCAUCCGUGCAGUUCAGGACCGGCUCAUGGAUCUGCCAGUAUUGUCAAUGGACUUGAGCACCGUUGGCUUGAACUAUCUUGAAGAGGAGAUUACAGUGGAUGUCAGAGAUGAAUUCUCUGGUAUUAUACGCAAAGGAGACAACCAAAUUCUCCAGCACCAUGUCUUGACUCGGAUCCACAUUCUGAGUUUCCUUUCUGGGCUUGCUGAAUGCCGAUUGGGCCUCAAUGACAUUCUCAUCAAAGGAAAUGAAAUCGUUUCCCGGCAAGACAUCAUGCCCACCACGACCACCAAAUGGAUUAAACUCCAUGAGUGCCAUUUUCACGGGUGCGUGGAUGAGGAUGUGUUCAACAACUCUCGGGUUAUUCUCUUCAACCCUUUGGAUGCUUGCCGGUUUGAGCUGAUGCGGUUCAGGACAGUGUUUGCUGAGAAGACCUUGCCUUUCACACUCAGGACAGCAGCAAGCAUCAGUGGGGCAGAAGUGGAGGUGCAGAGCUGGCUGAGAAUGUCACCAGGCUUCUCCUCCAACCGUGACCCUCUCACUCAGGUUCCCUGUGAGAAUGUAAUGGUGCGUUACCCAGUGCCCAGUAAGUGGGUGAAAAACUUCCGUAGGGAAAGUGUCCUGGGGGAGAAGUCUUUGAAAGCCAAAGUGAACCGAGGGGCGAGUUUUGGCUCAGCUAGCAUCUCUGGCUCCGAGCCUGUCAUGAGAGUAACUCUGGGGACUGCCAAGUAUGAGCAUGCCUUCAACUCCAUUGUGUGGAGGAUAAACCGACUGCCUGACAAAAACUCAGCUUCUGGCCACCCACACUGUUUCUUUUGCCACCUUGAACUUGGCUCUGACCGGGAAGUGCCUUCCAGCUUUGCCAAUCAUGUGAAUGUGGAGUUCAGCAUGCCCACGACUUCUGCCUCCAAAACUGCUGUAAGAUCCAUCUCUGUGGAAGACAAGACUGACGUCAGGAAGUGGGUCAAUUAUUCUGCACAUUACAGCUACAAGGUGGAAAUUGAGCAAAGAAAGAGUUUGAAACCAGACUUUGAAGGAGAUGAAACAGAAAAUCCCAAGCCUAAAUUGUAUAGAUCUGUGAUUGAAGAUGUUAUUAAUGAUGUGAGGGACAUCUUUCUGGAUGAUGGAGUGGAUGAACAAGUCUUGAUGGAACUAAAAACUCUGUGGGAGAGUAAACUGAUGCAAUCUAGGGCAGUAGAUGGAUUUCAUUCAGAAGAACAGCAGCUUUUAUUGCAAGUUCAGCAACAGCAUCAACCCCAGCCGCAGCAACACCACCACCACCACCACCAUCAGCAAGCUCAACCUCAGCAGACAGUACCUCAGCAAGCACAGACCCAGCAGGUCCUUAUUCCUGCAUCACAGCAAGCUACAGCACCACAAGUCAUUGUUCCUGAUUCUAAGCUGAUACAACAUAUGAAUGCCUCAAACAUGAGUGCUGCUGCUACAGCUGCUACCUUGGCACUCCCUGCAGGUGUGACUCCUGUUCAACAAAUACUAACAAAUUCAGGCCAGCUUCUUCAGGUGGUCAGAGCAGCCAAUGGUGCCCAGUAUAUCUUUCAGCCUCAGCAGUCAGUAGUUCUACAACAACAGGUUAUACCACAAAUGCAGCCUGGUGGUGUACAAGCUCCUGUCAUACAACAGGUUCUAGCCCCUCUUCCUGGAGGAAUUUCACCCCAGGCAGGUGUCAUCAUCCAGCCUCAGCAAAUCUUGUUUACAGGAAAUAAGACUCAAGUUAUUCCUACGACAGUGGCAGCACCUACUGCAGCACAAGCACAGAUCACUGCAGCUGGUCAGCAGCAACCACAGGCACAGCCCACGCAGCAGCAAGCUCCAUUGGUCUUACAAGUGGAUGGAACUGGAGACACAUCAUCUGAGGAAGAUGAAGACGAGGAAGAAGACUAUGAUGAUGAUGAAGAGGAAGACAAAGAGAAAGAUGGAGCUGAAGAUGGGCAGGUGGAAGAAGAGCCCCUCAAUAGUGAAGACGAUGUGAGUGAUGAGGAAGGGCAGGAGCUCUUCGACACAGAAAAUGUUGUUGUAUGCCAGUAUGAUAAGAUACACAGAAGUAAAAACAAAUGGAAAUUUCAUCUUAAGGAUGGCAUUAUGAAUCUUAAUGGAAGAGAUUAUAUAUUUUCCAAAGCCAUUGGUGAUGCAGAAUGGUGAAGAGUUGCUGCUUUUCUUUUAUAAAUAAAAGAAACUUAAAAAAAUUUAAAGUGGAUGGUUUAAAACUUGGACAUAUACCAACCAAAACUUCACUUCUGCAUGUCAGAAAAGUGCAGUAGAAGAAAAGCUACUGGAACAAAGAUAGACCUUGACAACAUAGACACUACUUCUAACUGGCAAGCCAUGGAACUGUAGUACCUGGAGUUGUUGGGGUGGGAGGUUGGGUUUUGUGUAGGAAAAUCAUAAUUGUCAAUUUUAAAUACAGGAACUUGGCACCGGUAAUUAGCAUGUAAAGCUUUGUCUAUACUCCUUCCUCCAACUUGUGUUCAAUUAGAAGACACUUGUUGGAAUGAACUGAAGAAACUUCCUUUUGAUAGAUUGAAAUGAAACUGCUUAUUGUAUGUGGUUAUAUUUGGUAAAAAUUAUGUGUGAGCUUUUUACAAAAGGGUAAGAAUUACGGUGUUGAAUUUUAAUUCACUUGUAUAAGAAAACAAUUUAAAACUCUCAUAGUAGGUCUUAAAAUUUUUUACCUGUUAUUCUCCCUCAGUAAUAUAUACCUCUUCCCUGCUUUAUGAAACAUCUAUUUAAGAGUUUAAAGAAGUGUAAUCAGUGGUGACAGUUUGGAGACAAAAUUUGACCCAGAAAUGGGUAUUUAUUUUAAUUAGGUUUUCAUACUUUAAAAACUUGAGUUUUAGUUAAGUGAAAUUAAAGUAACAACUUUACUUACAGAAAAACUGUUUAGUCCUAUACUUUAAACAGAAACCCCUAAUUGGUUCCUCAGGAAUACAUUUUUAUUUCUUAACGAUAUCAUCUGACUAAAAUUGUAUGUAUUUGAGUAUAUGAAGGUUUUUCUUGUUGGGCUGAAGUGUAUGCUUAUAUAUGCAUUUAGUCCUUAAAUGUUCAGAUAUCAUUCUGUACAUUGAAGCAUAAGGACAGGUGGUGAGGACCUGGAUUUUUAUUAAACAAUUUAGUAAUUAUAAAAGUUUCUUGUGUUUACUAGUAAAGAAUUUAAAAACUUAUUAUUUUAAUUGAACAAGUUUUUUAAAAGCAACUUUGUAAUUUGAGGGGGACAUGGGGGGGGUUGAGGGAGGUGGGCCACUGAGUACAUAUUUACCUCUCUUUCACUGGGUGGCUCAUCCAGGCCAUUGAUAAGAUAGAUUUGGGCUCCAGUUUGCACAUUGGGAAGAAGCAUAGAAAUUUGAGUGUAUAGUAAAAGAAAUUUAGUAUGUAUAUUAAGAAUGCAAAGCUCUGUAUUUCUGUAAGGGCUUUUGAAGAACAAUUUGGCAGUAUUUUCUUCAGCUGCCUGGGAGAACUGCAGAAACACUCUACUUUUGUGUUCUCAGAACUAAUUUGAUUUCUCAUGGUUUUUCUUGAUAAAAUUCAUAGGUGUUUAAGUCACUUGUAUAUUGAUUUUUUUGUCUUCCAAUUUUGUCUUAUUUGCCUUUAUGUGUUUCCAGAAGUUAGAGUAAAGUAUAUUACAGAGGAGGAAACUGUGAGGUAGUGUAUUUUAUUUUCAACACAAAUCUUUCUAAAAGUCUAAUGAAAAAAAAAAUUUUUUUUUUUUUUGUCUACUUCUUACCCCUCUUACCAACCUGAUCUUUUUAAUUUUAAAUUUUGACCUUUGGUGUAAAUGGUGGUAUCUAGCAUGUUAGGAUUUAUUUAGACGCCACCAGUGGUAAUGCAGCUUUUAUUUUGAAAAUAGAUUACCUUUUAAGGGGUAGUUUAUUUACCCCACUACACUCAAAGCACACACAAUUUUUGUUUUUCUGUAUUAAUAAGACUGGGAAAAGAAAAGGAAGGGAGUAAAGUCACAGAAGUCUUGUUCCAUUGUCCUCCAUAUGGCUAUUAGGCUUGUAUUUACUUAAUGACGUGAACUACCUAUGAAAGUGCAGCAGUGCUGCAGUGUUGUGGAAGUUUCAACCCUUUGGCUCUCUAGUAGUUCUGACGCUACUGAACUUUGGAAUACUGUAUGAUGUUUAGCUCAUGUCUUGGCCUUCUUUGUAGACAAACAUUCAUAUUCAUAGUUGCAUUGUAUACUGGCCUGUUACUGUAACUGUUUUCAGACAUGAACAACCACUGCUUUCAGAGUGACUCACUAGUGUUAUUUUGAAGCAGGAAAUAACCAUUUGUAUUUGCACCUGCGUGCUGCAUAUUAAUUAUAGCAUACUUGCAAGUGCUUUUCUUUUACCUGUAAAAAUUCUGAAAGCUGGUCCAAACAACACUGCAUAUCAAGUUGUAUUCUUACAUAUUACUGCAUUAUGCUCCUUUUAAUCAAAUAGCAUGUUUUAGUUUUACUAUAGUGUCUUUUGCUCUACGAAUGUCACUUCCUUUGAAUUCUUAAUCGUGCUUUUAACAUUAUAUUUAACAAAUUAUUUUGUUAGGUUACAUUAAAAUGUCAUUCCUUUGAAAAGGCAAGGGAUUCCUUCAGGAUUUUAAAACGAAAGUAGUUUGUUCAUCUAACAGGGGAAAACAGUUCUGAGUUGGUAUUAAGAAAAUAAGCAGUGGUUUCAGAAGAGGAUUUAUUUAGAUUUGCACAGAUGUUGAUGGCACCUUUUAUUUAAAAAAAAUUAACAGUCCACAGUGCAGAGGAGAAUUGACACAAAAUGAGGGAAGUGUGGAAGUGUGUGCCUUUCAGUAUCCACACUCUUGAUUGGUGGUCGUUUUUCGAGUCGGACCCCUUGAAUGCCUGAGCACAUUUAAUUUCUGUGGAGUGCCACGCGUGGCUAAAACAACUCUUUAAUGUGCAAUUAGUUUCUAGAACAAAAUGUCUGUUUGUGAGGGGUAUCUUUAUAUUGGGCUUUUAUAUUUUUUGAAAUACAUUUCUGUUAAAUGUCACCAUGUCACAUUUACACUGUUGCCUUUUAAAAAUCAAAGCCACUGAUACUCUGAUUAUUACAUCAAGAUUUGAGCAGUAUGUAUAGUGAUUGUGUUCUUAAUAAGCAUAAUAGACUGCUUUUAGAAAAUAAGAACAUAAAAAUAUAGCUUUUGUAUAAAGACUUUCUUUUGCUAUAGUGAAUAUCGAGGAUUUUUUUCCCCUGACUUUUAGGGAGGAAUGAAAAGAAAUGUCGCCCUCUAAAAGUAAUUUUUUUUUAUCUCAUAGCAAUAAUGUCACCAUUAUUAUCAGAGAGUAAAUAUGCCUUGUAUGGAAAACAGACAUGAUUUCCUCUUGGGAAUUCCCUUUAUAACUUUAGUAUUUUUUUCCAUAUGAGAAAGUUCCUAUAUUUUCAGAUUAUUUCACCUUGAACUUUUUUGAGCUUUUGUGCAAUGUUUUAUUGAUCUGUUUUUGUAUAUUUUCAUUUCACCUCAUGUCUGUCCUCUUCCUUUUUGAAUCAGCUAUAGCACAUUUUGAGUGUAUUGGUUUAAAAAGUAGUUUUACUUGUUUCUUCAUGAGUUUGUGUUAGUUUUAAUCUUAUGCUAUGGAAAUUAUUCUGAAAUUUAUAUUCUUGAAGCCUGCCUUAGUCUAUCAUUUGUCAUUUUCUGUGGUUUAAGGAAGAACACUUCAGACAAUAUUUUGUGUAACAUUUUGAGGAACAAAAACUUUUUUGCCUUCCCUUUUAAGGGAAGACCUACAUUCAGUUAGCAUCCGUUCUUUCAGUUAAGUUUCCUUAAAUCGUCCAGCAUGUGUUAGUGCUAGACCUGGGGGAAGGAGCUAACCCUUUUUACUGUUCUGAGCUACUAUUGUCACCUGCUGUUGUACAUACUGUUGUGUGUAAGGACAUAAAUAUAUUUAUUAUGUUUGUAAAAUUCAUUCUGUACAAUUGCAGAUCAAGGUUGCUCUUCUGUGAUAUAUGGGAUAUUAUGUUUUAAAGACCAUCUUGAAAUACAAUUAGAGAACUUAGUAUUUUGAUGUACUAAGACCUAUUUUAAGUUUAAUAUUUUACCUUUGCAAAAACUUUAAUUAAAGAUGUUAUUUAAAAAAAAUGUUGCUUGCUUUGCUUACUAGUCUACUAUUGUUACACAGAUAAUAAAAUCAUAAAAGUUAAGAAAGGAAAAUGCUUUACCUUGUUAAUGAGGAUACAUUUAACAAAAAUAAGGGCAUCAUUAAAUCUUGUACUUUUAAAAUAUGUUGUUUUGAAUGUUAGUCUCGAUUAUUAAACUUGCAAAUUCUUAAUAGCUUUAAAAAGUUCUAUUUUCAAGGCACACAGGAAUUUAGGUUGGGAUAAGCUCAAACUAAGUGUAAGAAUAUAAAAUUAACGUACUGUAUUACAUGGGUAUUUCUACUCCAAAGCAUAGAUUACUUAGGAUAAAAUUACUCAACAUUGUUUAUUUGUCUAGCUAAAUCCAUUUCUCUUAGUUCAGAGUUUGUAAAUAGUUGCUUAUUAGGAGAAUUGGAUUAUUGAGGUUUAUAUUAUAUACUGAAUAUAUUUUGUGUUAUUUUAGAAAGUAUUAAAUUAGGUAUUUUAAUUUUAUAGUUAAUUCAAAUGAAUCAUAAAGAGCUUGCCUUUUUGUAAUUUUUU